CCCACAACCCCCCGCCCGCGCUGAGCCAUGUUGUAGGAAAUCCGCUUGCGGCGGAUUAUUGUAAUCCGACAGAGGGUCUGGGCGACACAUCGGAUCACGACAGGAAAAAACUGAAGCGCAGCGGCCUGGAACAGAUGCACCUUGUCCGAGAAUAACGGGAUAAAGCCGAGACAUGAUCCGCCGCGCCGCUCGGUGCUGCUGAAGCCAGAGAUCGGCGCUGCUGCCCGGGCCGCUUCCUGCCUGGACCGCGGGUCGGCAUCACCGCACAGCAGAGAGGAGUAGGGCAGAGCGGAGAGGCUCCGGUUUGUCGGUGAAACGGACGCCCUCGCUCCCUCUUCCCUACCCUGGUCAGGUCUGACUCCAGCUCGACUCGGUUCGCUUGCCCUGUACGCGGAGGGACGCGCUGCCGCCGCCGCUCCCAGCCCCACCACCAGCUAGCGCGGCUAGCUCGCUCCAGCUAGCCUGCUAGCUCGUCAGGAAGAAUCGGUCCAGUUUAGUUCGGAAUUUCUCCUGUUUUCCGGCCCCCAGCCCGCAGGGAGGGAGCAUGUCGGCCAAAGACCAGAGCAAACUCUCCACCACGGAGCGGCCCGUCAAAGCCGUGCCGUAUCCUCCUGGAGACCGCCUGACGGUCAAAGAGCUGUACGUGGACGGGAGGCCCAGUUUGGAGGUGCUCAAGGCCCAUCUGGUAAAGGAGGGUCGGCUGGAGGAGGAGACGGCCCUGCGGAUCAUCAACGAGGGUGCCGCCAUCCUCCGGCAGGAGAAAUGCAUGCUUGAGGUGGAAGCCCCCAUCACAGUGUGCGGAGAUGUCCACGGUCAGUUCUUCGACCUGAUGAAGCUCUUCGAGGUGGGUGGGUCCCCCAGCACCACCCGUUACCUGUUCCUCGGGGACUACGUAGACCGAGGCUACUUCAGCAUCGAGGUAAGAUAAAGUACUCUGAGCGUGUAUACGAUGCCUGCAUGGAGGCGUUUGACUGCCUGCCUCUGGCCGCCCUCCUCAACCAGCAGUUCCUGUGUGUGCACGGAGGUCUAAGCCCUGAGAUCACCUGCCUGGAUGACAUACGAAAGCUGGACCGGUUUAAGGAGCCUCCGGCAUUCGGGCCAAUGUGCGACCUGCUGUGGUCAGACCCGGGCGAGGACUACGGCUCAGAGAAGACCCAGGAACACUUCUGCCACAACAGUGUCAGAGGAUGCUCUUAUUUCUACAGUUACCCAGCAGUCUGUGACUUUCUGAUGAACAAUAACCUGCUGUCUGUAAUACGAGCACAUGAAGCUCAGGACGCUGGGUAUCGAAUGUACAGGAAAAGUCAGACGACGGGGUUUCCUUCUUUAAUCACAAUCUUCUCGGCUCCCAACUACCUGGAUGUGUACAACAACAAAGCGGCGGUGCUGAAAUACGAGAACAACGUGAUGAACAUCCGGCAGUUUAACUGUUCCCCUCACCCUUACUGGCUGCCCAACUUCAUGGAUGUCUUCACCUGGUCUCUGCCCUUCGUUGGAGAGAAAGUGACGGAGAUGCUGGUGAACGUGCUGAACAUUUGCUCCGAUGACGAGCUCCUAUCCGAAGCCGACGACACGGGCGAGGGUGGCGCUCCGGCUGUCAGGAAGGAGGUGAUCAGGAACAAGAUCCGGGCGAUUGGAAAGAUGGCUCGCGUCUUCUCCGUGCUCAGAGAGGAGAACGAGAGCGUACUGCAGCUGAAGGGGCUGACCCCGACGGGGACGCUGCCCCUCGGUGUUUUGUCCGGCGGUCGGCGGACUCUGCAGAGCGCCACCGUAGAGGCAGAAGAGGCACGAGCCAUUCAAGGCUUCAACCCGCAGCACAAGAUCCAGAGCUUCGAGGAGGCGCGAGGGCUGGACCGCAUCAACGAGAGGAUGCCGCCGCGUCGCGACAGCAAGCAGCACGAGGCCCCGCCCUCCCUCAACAACCUGCCGGCGAGCACCGGACCCCCGGACAAGAACGGCACCAACGCUCAGGCCUAGACCCUCCCCCUCCUCUCCCUCCUUCUCUCCUUCCCUGCCUCCUUUCCUUUCCUUUCCUUUCCUCCCCUCCCUCCUCCCUCCGUCACGAGCGGCAGACGAGGCCGUUCAGUCCGAGCGACUCGCCGCGCUUUAUUUAUUACAUCAUCGGUUAAAUAUCGUAGAUCCAGACUGAACAGGAAAAGUCUCAGCGCCGCUCGAUGCCUCCAAUCAGGAGGCAGCUGGUACUUGAUGCCACACCUUCGUAUCAGCCACACCUCUUUUUCUUCUUUUUUCUUCUUUGGUCCGGGGAGGAAGUGACGCUCAUUCAAACGCUGUGUUCGUGCCCACACACACACACACACACACACACACACACACACACACACACUCACACACACACACACACACACUCACACACACACACACACACCACACACACACACACACAUACACCCACACACACACACACCCAUCCUUUCUUAUGCCAAUGAUAGUGUGACUGAGCUCCGCCGAGCGAGUAUUUACAUUUAUAAUAUAUGUAUAUUUUAAUUGUUCCCUCUUUUCAAUGUGAUGUUUUUUUUUUUUUUUAUAACAUAGACUUAGGCUUUAAAUAUCCAGGUGGGAGGGGGCGGAGCAGAGUGGAGGUGUGGAGGGAGUGGAGGGAAAGAGUUGAAGGUUCUGCUUUAUUAAAACUGAGUUUCUGAGCUGAAGCUCCUAAUCCUGGAAAAAUGACUCGAGCCUCCUCGGCCAGUUGAACUUCAGACAGAUCUGUUAUAUUCCGAUAUUUUGGAAAAGCCGGGAACGCGUCAUGCUCCUGUUUUACAGGACUGAGUUUAACAUGGCCUCCACUGGCGCUCCAGCGCGUUUUAGUGAAAUGCACCUUUACAAAUCCAUUGCAGCUCUUUGGGAAAAUUGUUAUAAAAGAAUUAUAUUAAAAUCAUUGGUCAAAAAUAUCUGAGAAAAAUGGAAAUGACAGCCUGAGAAAAUAUUUUAAUGAAUUAAAAACUCAAAAGAGAAUUCUGCCAAAACAAAUCAGAGAAAAUCUGAAAAUUAUAAUUUGUGAAACUUGUGAGAGGAAAAAAAGUAAAAAAAAAAAAAGUGUACAUAAAUAAAGUCAUCUGUUAAUAAAUGGCUUGAGUGCUGACGCAGAAUAAAGCUGAAUCAUUUAACAUGACGGCAGUCAGAAACCACCGAUCCUCCUCGUCUCUGAGCUGGAUGUAAAUAAUAAUCAACAAUAUUAAUAAUUUACGUCAUUUUUGAUUGAAAUUGAUUGAGACCGGCAGUUUUAGUAGAACAGAAGAGCCCUUCACACAAAGAGGAGGAGGGAGUUUCAGGUGUGCUUCAGGUGUGAUGAGGACCUGCGUGGGUUUGAUUUGACUCUUGAUUUAUUUUUGGUGGGGGGGAGUUUGCCGGGCCUCAUUUCUCAGAACAUAUCUCACCGAAUGUACAGAGAGGAAAAAACAUCUGGAUGUUUGUCUGUAAGCAGCUGGAUUUGUUCCUGCGAGGCCUCAUCUCUGUAGACGUUUCACUCAUUCAAUAAAAACUCAACAACAGCU